AUGCCAAAUAGGAUUAGGCGUGGCGGCGGGGCGUACAAGAUCCGCCUUGGCGUCCCCCCGCUUACUUUCGAUGAUCUGGACCCUUACUCUCCUAGUCCUAUCUCCAUUAUACCUCCACUCUACAUCCACAUCCAGGUUUAUCCCUGUUUGCCCUUUCCAAAUCCCGACAUCACUAGUACCUUGAAAUAUCCGUCUAAUGUCUCGGCGCCACUAAACUUACUUAGGUCUCCCUGCAGCUGUUUAUCAGUACCUCACCCGCCAGUUAGAAAAGACCUGGCGUCGCAGGGCCCUGACCACCCCCUUCUCCCGUUGACAAGUCAGAUGUACAUUACGUACCUCUGUAAGGUAGUCUGCAAUGCACUUGGGAUAUCGCCGCGUCAGUCAGAAUAUGACUAA